GUCCAGUCCAUGCUCGUUCAACUUUUUUGAAGCGUAGUAUUCUUCAUUAUCAUCCCUAGCAUCUCGUACUCCUACGAAGGGAUCGGAGACCGGCGGGAUGGUGGAUUUUGGCACGCUCGUGCGCAUCAUCAAUGCUGCGCAGGCAAUCCAACAAGCAGCGGAAAAUGUUGAGCAGAACCAAAAGGAUUGCGAGGAGAUGGGAGGCCACGUCGCGCUGCUCACGACGCAGCUCGAGCGGCUCGGGAACAACGGGCCGCUGAUGAUGGACCCAGCCGUGAGCCCCGCGGUCGCGGCGCUCGAAGAGAUCCUCCGUGAAGCCCUGGAGCUCGUCAAGGAGUGUAAGGUCAAGAGGAACAUCAUACAUCUUCUGUGUACGGCCGGCGCCCUGUCCAGGAAGCUGAGGCGGAUGAACGAGAGGAUCAUGCGUAGGACCAUGCUCCUAAUGUGCGCCAUGAUCGGUCGCCAGGAGUGCCAGCGGCCAACUCAGGAGCAAGUUGAUCAUGUGCAACCACCAGCUGCCCCUGAUGGUGACAUGGACAAUCAGCAACCCACCAAAAUAGUUAACAAGAUCGUCGGUGUUGCGGACCGGAUCAAGAAGACGGCGAAGAUGGUUCUUUGGAACAAGGGCGAGUGCCUUGAGAUCAACGAGCGAGCGGGCAUGGUCCGCGCCUUCCUGACGCAGCUUGAGAACACGGACGCGAUCAAGGACCCGGAGUUGGGCGCCAAGCUGGAGAAGAUCGGCAAUACCUUACAGCACGCCUACGAGCUGGUGACGGAUUGCCAGGAAUGGAAGAACUUGUUCAUGAUCUGCCCAGGCCAACUGUCCAAAGAGCUCCACAAGGUGCUGGACCAAAUGGUGCUUGACCUCGAUGGCGUCGCGGAGAUCAGUAGUAUCCGUUACAUAAAAGGAAGCUUUGAAGUUACUACUGCAGCAGUACGGAUUGCCGGAACUCUAAUGGCCGGCCGCUUCGUUGUGAAAUUACGGCUUCUUGCCAGGCAGAGAAGUCAAUAGGCCAAACAUCCCAACUGGGCGCAAGCUUCAAGGCUGACGAUCCUUAGGAGAACGGAGGAGUAGCAUCAGCCAGUGAAUCAGUGAAUCCGAGCCUUAUACCGAGUGGUACCACUCUUCCGAGGCACCAGGAUCUUCCUCUAAAGACUAAAUUAUCCUAUGAUAUGAAUCAGCUUGGAAGGAUGUCUCCCGCUAGGGCUUGCACCUGCUGUUGGUGGAUACAAUUUCCUUUUCCUUGUAUCGGUUUUCUGUUUAUGAACAAUUGUGAUGCCCUCGUUGGGAUGUAUAAUGUAUCCAAAAAAUUCUGAAUUCAUGUUUUAAUAAAAUAAAUGGUCGGUUUUUAAGGUACAA